AUGCGCCAGGAAUUGUUGACCGAUCUCUCGAGCGAGGCAUUCGUUAGAGAACAUUUCCACGCGAUUCGACCAGAUAUUGUGGAGGUAUACGAAGCAAUUCCAAUACCGAUUCUGCGAGCAGACCUUCUUCGCUAUCUAAUAAUCCUCGCUGAGGGCGGUGUCUGGAGCGACUUAGAUGUCACCUGCGAGAAACCGGUCUCCAAGUGGAUACCAUCAGAGAUCCACGGAGUCGAUAUGGUUGUAGGGCUCGAGUUUGACUUUGAAUGGCGUGGACCAGGGACACAGGUUGCGUCUCAGUUCUGCAACUGGGUGUUCAUGGCCAAGCCGUCUUCUCGAAAUUUGCAAGUCGUCGUUGACGCCGUCGUGGAAAAGUUGAGAGAUGUCGCCCGUGUCAAUGGCGUGCCACUUCAAAAUAUCACUUUGGAUAUGCUUCCCGUGGACGUUGUGGAUGUGACCGGACCCAAGAUUAUGACUAUUUCGAUUUUGGACGGUCUGAAGCAGUUGUUAGGCAGACCAGUGGAUGACCGCAAUUUUUCGGGAAUCAAACGACCGAAGCUGAUCGGUGAUGUCCUGAUUAUGCCAGGGAAUUCGUUUGCUGCCAGUCAGAAUGGCUAUCCGACAGACCAAGGAGAGGUUCUUGUGACACAUCAUUAUGAAGGUUCAUGGAAGCAGGCAGAUGCAGAAGCAAAGGAGAGAAAAAAGCACAAGGACAAAGGCCGCAUAGAGCCUUAA